CCGAUAAGUCAUCAAAUGAUAACUAAUCGACAAUUUAUGUGGCAUUCAGCAGAAAAUCACUAAUCGAUUAGUCAGCGAUUGCGUCUGCUGAAUGCACCUGACUGGGCUGAGCCGCUCGCGCUCGCUGGGCGAAUGUCGAAAAUCGAAGACAGUCGAAGUCGAACGAAAUGGCCAGAGGAUGACAGGAAACAGGAAAUGGCUUAUUUGACAGUAGCACAUAACACAGGCAUGGAAUCCAUGGAAUAGCCGUAUAUUUCUGACGGCUGACAGGUGACAAAUAAUUGCCGCGGGAAUUUCUACAUUUGAGGUUAUGUAAACAUAUUCAAAAAUAUUUCAAAAAUAAUAUCGAAUUUAUUUAUUUAGAAAUUAAUGUCAUAAUAAUGCCAGAAAAAAUGGAAACAGAAAGACCAACAUUAAAAUAUCAGAACUUUUCUGAAAAAUUUGGUGAACAACCAGAAGACUACAACAGACAGUAUUGUAGUAUAUAUUUGGCCCGUUUAAAUGAAAUGGAAAUAAUACUUAAAAACUCAAUUAAGCAUAAAUGGGGUGAUACUUAUCCAAUCAUAAAACUGCAUAAAUUAACGGAAGAAGACAAAGAUAAGUGUAUAGUAAUAGGAACUCUCUUUAAAGAUCAGAAACUAAAACCCUCAAUUCUCAAGGAGUUGUCUGAAGCUAAUCAACUCGUGGCAGAAACCAAUCCCAUUAUUAAUAAUAAUUUUACAGAUGAUUCUGAUAAAUUAUUUAUAGAGGAUGAAGUUCAAAGGUAUGAGAUAGAUGGUGUUCCUUUAAGUGAUGUAGUAACCGGAAUAACAAUUGCUCUUCUAGGGUCAGAUGCUGGUAAAGGGAAAUUUAUAGCUGAAGAUUAUGUGUUUGCAGGACUAAGAGAACAAAUAGAAAAGCCUUUAUUUCAGGAGGACAACUACAUAGUAUUUUUAAGUGGCUUAGAUCUUAUCAACUGUGAAAAAAUAAUGUGGAACUUGGAAUUGUUAACAUUUUGGUUGAGCGGCAUGUUAAAUGAUGAAAGUGUAGUACCAAAAAUUGCUAGAAUAAUUAUUGCUGGAAAUAGUGUCAGAAUAAGUUCAGAAAAAAGAAAACCAACUAUAUCUCUCAUUAGUAGAGUUCCUGAAACUGAUGAAAGUGUGGAAGCUGUUAAAGCUUUUGAUAACUUCUUGUCUCAAAUCUGUGGAUUAGUGGAGGUUGAUGUGAUGCCUGGAGAAAAUGAUCCCUCCAACCAGAUCCUACCACAAAAACAAAUGCAUCACUGUAUGUUUCCUAAUUCAGCCACAUAUAAAUCCUUACACCUAGUACCUAAUCCAUAUGCUUGUUCUUUGGAAAACAUAAAUAUUUUGGGAACUUCUGGCCAACCUGUGCAACAUGUGAUGUGGUAUUCAGAAAAUAAUACACCUAUUCAAGCUUUAGAAAAAUGCUUAGAGUGGGGACACUUAGCUCCUACUGCUCCUGAUACUUUAGGAUGUUAUCCUUAUUACAAAAAUGAUCCAUUUGUCAUUGAAAAGUGUCCCCAUGUUUUCUUUGCUGGAAAUCAGGAUGAAUUCAGUACAAAAUUAAUAGAAGGUGGUCAAGGUCAAAAAGUGAGAUUAAUAAGCAUUCCAAAGUUUUGUGCUAGCCAUCAAGCAGUACUUCUUAACCUGAAGAAUCUGGAGUGUACUACCAAGAUUUUUGACACACUUUAAUUUUAGAUAUUUAAUGUUUAUAUUUUUUUAGUAAAUAAAACAAAUUUUUUUGUUCUA